AUCAGUCUUCUGCGAACAUUCGGGGUAGAUGGUAGUAUCACUGGAACGGUAUCAAACAUCACAUCAUCUAAUUUGUUAGCUAUUUUACUGAUCUUAAGGGUUGCUCUACAAAAUUUGGCGUAUUAAUCUAGUAACAAGAGGGGCGCAAUUAUGCGAGAACUAUAAGCAGCUGGAUAUCGGUAAUCGUGGUUCAAUCAAGCGAAAAGAACGUGAAAGAAUCCUAGUUGGUGCUAGACAUGCUACUAAAGACGUAGCUCGCAGCGAAGCUAAAGAAACCGUUUCCACGCGAAGAAACAACCGAAAGUGAUCUGAGUUGAUAUAUACGGAUCGAAAAAUGACCACACCGCCGCACUGUUCACCGUCCAGAUCGUCGCUCAGCUGUUGUCAAAUCGAUCACAGCAGCCACGACGAUGUUCACGGAGUGACUAUCGCCGCGAAGGAAGAUUAUUUCUUUCAAGAGAAGCAUUCUUUUCCGAAGAGACCCGAGGUGGAUCUUGCCUUCUUCGAUGUGCGGUACGCGGUUAAGGAAUGGAGCCUACGACACAUCAGACCGAAGCACAAAGAAAUCCUACACGGUGUCAGCGGAGAGUUCAAAGCUGGCGAACUGGUCGCCAUAAUGGGCCCUUCCGGGGCCGGCAAGUCAACACUGUUGAAUGUUUUGGCUGGCUACACAGUGAGAGGUGUACAAGGGCAGAUCCUGGUGAACGGAAAAGUUCGGGUGCCUUACAGCGAAAGGUGGAAAAGAACUUCGUGUUACAUACAGCAAGAUGCGUUAAUGAGAACGAGGAUUACCGUGGGAGAGGCCAUGACAUUAGCCGCGCAUUUGAAACUCGGAUACACGAUCAGCUCGGCUUACAAGCAUACGCAAGUGCUGGAACUGCUAGAACUACUGGGUCUGAGCCACUGCUACGACACACUGUGCGGAAAGCUAUCCGGUGGCCAGAAGAAGCGGCUAGACAUUGCUUUGGAACUUUUAAGUAAUCCGUCAGUAUUAUUCCUGGACGAGCCAACAACCGGUCUGGAUUCGUCCUCGUGCAGCCAGUGCAUCGCACUUUUGAAACGUCUUGCUAAAAUAGAAAGGCGUACUGUCAUCUGCACGAUACAUCAGCCAAGUGCGUUGCUCUUAGAGAUGUUCGAUGCCAUUUACACGGUCGCUGCUGGAUACUGCAUAUACAGAGGUCCAGUUAAGUCAUUGUUGCCUCACAUGUCCUCGGUCGGAGCUGAUUGUCCGCCUUAUCACAAUCCCGCUGACUUUCUUUUAGAAGUGGCGAUCGGCGAUUAUGGCAUCAGCGUGGAGAAGUUAGCGGCAGCCGUGAAUACCAUAAGCAUAGAUGACAAGUCGAUCACGUGCACGAUGAAAUCGCAACUCGAUGAUAAUACCAAGGAACCACCUCCACCUGCAGGAUUCCUCGCGCAAUGUUAUCUGCUCUACAAGAGACAACUACUUUGCUUGAAAAGAGAUUACUGGUUGCUGGUGGUACGUUUACUCUGUCACCUGCUGAUCGGCGUGAUAUUCGGCUAUCUCUACAUGGGAAGCGGUUACAGAGCGAACGGUGUCCUCGCUAAUUACGUCUAUCUUUACGGGUCUCUGCUCUUGAUCGUCUACACAGGCAAAAUGGCUGUCACUCUUGCCUUUCCACAAGAGAUGCGGAUCCUCUCAAGGGAACACUUCAACCGAUGGUACCGGUUAGCGCCAUACUAUUUUAGUAUGCUACUUGUGGAAAUACCAUUCCAAGCUGCUUGCGCAGCAACCUAUCUAGUUGUGAGCUACUGGUUAACAGGACAGCCGGUAGAAACCCGACGUAUAAUAUCCUUCAUGGUCGUCAGUAUAGCUGCUAGCUUAACGGCACAAGCUUGGGGUUUCUUUAUCGGUGCUACUACGCCAGUGAAGAUCGCCGUAUUCGCAGGACCUAUAAUCGCAGUACUGUUCUCUGUUUUCGGAUUUUGUAUUCGUUACAUGGAUACUCCACAAAUGUUCCGAUGGAUGUUCCACAUAUCAUAUUUCCGGGCCAGUUUUCAUAGUCUUCUGCACACCGUGUACGGUUUCGGCAGGUUGGAUUUGAAAUGCGACGACUUCUAUUGUCACUACAAAAAACCUACACAGUUUCUGAAAGAAAUGGACAUUGCCGACACGAGUGUUGUAAACAAUCUUAUUCUCAUCCUUGGUAUCGGUGUAUUGAUGCAUUUACUGACUGCCAGUGCUCUCUGGUGCAAGCUUAAUAGACGAUAAAAAAUUAUUUAUUUUCGAUCUCGAUAAUCCAGUAUUGAUGUUGGUCGUUCCAUUGAUUGAUUUAUUUAUGGUGGAAAUGGUGCUAUAAGUGACGUAAAAAAAAUUCCAAAGGAGCACUUCGUGUAGGGAACAAAUCGGCGAUACAUCAAACACUAAAUAUCUGUUACAGACGAAUUUGGUUUGCGCUGUACUUACGAAUCGCGAAAAGAGAGCUGUUUAAAAUAAAGAGAAAUGGAUAUUAACUUUGUUUCAUGAAUUUUUAUAGGAGUACACUAACUUAAUUGCAUUAUACGCAAAAGCCAUCAGCCAGUAGAUUUAUUGUUAAAUAUUCAUGAUAUUUUGAGAUUCGUAUAUUGUUAUCACAUGCACAUAAUUAACAAAUAAGCAUGGUGGAUUUUUUAUCAAUUUGUAUGUAAUACAAUGGUAUCUUAGUUACCGUACAUACAGGGCUAGACACAGGGGACUCAUUUUCAGUGGGUGCAAAGCACCUGAGCCAAAGUGAGAAUGGCAAAAUUAGAA